UCCUAUAAAGAACAAGCUGCAACAGGAUGGAAUCGCUUGGUAGCUGGAUUUUAAGCAAGGUCAACUUCUUGAGGCACAAAAUAGUGGGUUUGCCAGAAACUGAACCUUCUCUUCCUCCUCCAUGGUCCUUAGAGUCACCUUUCCAGAAGUGGAUUAUUUAUUCCAAAGCUUCUUUGGCUGCUGCUGUUGCUUGCUUCAUCAUCUUUAUCAUCUUACAUUCUCGAAGACAGUUGGCAGUCCAUAAGAAAAUGAUGGUCAUUACAAAGCUUACGUCCCCACAUAUAAAGGAGACAGUUGUGUCUGAGAAUUGUAUCUUGGACACCUGGCUUUACCAUCUUUCAUUGCUCCUAAUAUUUUGCUUUUUCUUUUCCAUUCCUUGGGAAUGGGUUAGACUGUAUCAAAUAGAAGUAGCCAAGAAGUCUACCAUCCUCUCUGAGGGGUAUGCUAGGAGUUGCUACCAGCAAGAUCUGUCCUUCUGGGAAACUCUGAAGGUAUGGUUGUCCUGGAAUUUCUCUUGGGACAGUGACUCCUGUGAGAGUUACUACAAGGCUUUGAUGGUGGAUCCUUUAUGGGAAGUGACACCACUUAUGGCCAUCAGCUCUGUUAUUGGCAGAUUUGUGGUGCAUCCCAUGGAACUUUUCAGCCAUACACUCGGCAGGAGCCUCCGAAAUAUCAUGAGAGAGAUUCCCAGCCAGUGGCAGCUCCCUGUCUUCCUCCUAUUUCCACUCACCUUCAUUAGUAUUCUGAUCGCAAACCUCACCAAGAGGAAGGAUGUCAUUUAUCAACAGGCCGGAGUUACCACCAGGUCUAGGACCACUAAGGCUGCUCUCAUGUCUAGGACUUAACUUUUUUUUAUCAAAUAUUCAAAAAAAUUGUAGAAAUUUUAAAUUGCAAAGUUUUUUUAUGGACAAUAACCAUGGUCAAUCAGUAGA